AUGAUUUCCUCGAUGCUUCGCCCAACGAUUCUGGUAGCAAUUAUUGGAUUUGUGACCGGCUGUACUCCAACUACGACGGUUCCGGGAAGUGUAACGGCUGAGACUACGAUUUUAUCCCUCAUGCCUUAUAGCAAAUCGGACUAUCAAAGCCUUCAGCAAAUGUAUGAACGAAUGAUAAUGCCAAAACUUGCGUUUGCCGGAGACGUGAAGAGUAUCCAAGUGGAGGAUGUGAAUGGCAUACUCGCGCUUAAAUAUACUCUCACCGACGCCAACUGCACCGCGGUGAAAGAAGCCUUCAAAAGCGUCAUCGAAACUACGGGGUCAUUUGCAAACGCAACUACAACGUGCUCAUGA